AGAAAACCUCAAUAAGAAAUUGAAGAAGGAGUUGAACAACUAAAGUGUGUUACUUCCAAAAGAAAAAUGAAAAAAGGGAUGACAGAUGGAAUAUUUUGGGGAAGGAAUAAAUUAUUCUUUGACAAUGAUGUUAUUUUCCUUGAUUUAUCAUUUUUGGUUAUGAAAUAAUAGCAGAAGAAAUGAGGAUAAUAAAUCUUAUAAGGAUAGAAAGAAGUGCUGAUGAUAAAUAAGCAAAAGAAAAGAACAGAAUUUAAAUAAAACAAGAUUUAAUAAUCUAUAUAUCUCAUUUAAACAAAAACUAAUAUUCUAUUUGAUGGGAUUCCUCCAUUUUGCCAUAAAAUUCCCCCCAUAUUUUAGUUUAAAAUUCUUUUAAUCGUAUCA